ACCAGCCACAAGAGCGAACCAGUGGGAGUCUCAGCCGCCACCACCGCUUCAGAGAGGACCAUGGCAAGGUUUGGGAGAGGGGCAGAGGAGAGAGGGAAGAAAGGGGGAGUCUGCAGGACAGGGAUAGGAUUUGGGGCAUGAAUCCCAGGGUAGCUCGUGAUGGGGGUUAUGACAGGGACCCCAGGUCAGAGGAUGGCAGGGAGCGGCACUAUAGAGGAAGAACUAAUGACCCUGCUAGAGGGGUGCAGGAUAGAGACCGAGAUGAGGUCAGAAGGAGCUGGACCCACAGAGAGACCAGCGACAAGAAACAAGUCCGCUUCCAGGACGACACCAGCAGACGCUGUCAUAGUUACCAUGGCGAUAGCAGGUGGGCAGGAAAUGUCUGGGAGCUGAUUGCCCAUGACUUAAGAGAGCGGGGUGUGGCCUUGAGGCAAAGCUUCAAUGGGGGGUCACGGUCACAGCGGGCAAGGGGUAAGGGCAGAGACAGCCAGGUGCAUGAUGGGGGAAAUACCAUCGCCUGUAACAACUCUCAACCACAGAGGGCUUUUCAAAUGGCCAUUUGCAACAGGCCCAGUUACCAUGGAGAUGUCAGGGAAAGGAGUACCUCACAAAGAGAGAGCCUCUGUCACCGUGGUCAUGAGGGGGAGAGAGAAAAAAUCCAUGAGAACCUGACCAUAGACGAGGCUAGUGGGACUGAGGUCUAUGACGAACACUGUAGAAAUGAUAGGCUGUUCAGCAGAGAGAGAGAGGGGAGGAGUAGUGGAGACCCCAGACACAAGGUCAGCUCAGGUGGGGACAAGGAGAGGGAGGAGGGCAGGGGCGACAGGCACUACCAUAGCGAGCGCAGGGUGAGGAGUGAACACCAGCAUGAGGAGGAUAAGCAGUACCACUCCGAGGAGGAGAGACCCCCACCCUCACAGAAAGUCUCCCAGCGCAGCCAAAGCUUCUGCAGCAGAGGGCCCUCCAUCAGGGCCAGAUCCAAGCACACCCACAGAGCAGGAGCCGCACUGCAGCCGGAGAAAGGGGCGUGUCUGGACCUGGGGGAGCUGCAGCAGGUGCUGCUGGAUGAGGAGCUGGCCAGGAGGCUGCAGGAGGAGGAGAAGCUGCUGAGGAGGAGUCCUCCAGCCCGUCCCUCCCACUAUCAACGUGAUUCCUAUCCAGCGGGAGACUUCAGAGUGGCACAAGUGGCCCAGGAUGAGGAAAUCGCCCGCUUCAUGCAGAAGCAGGAAAUGAAGUCAAAGCGUCGUUCACGUGACCUUGAUGGCCCGGGGUCACAGCGUGAACCGCAUGACCUGGCUGACCCCUAUGACAGGAGAACUGCCAGAGAGAGACGGAUCCAGCGGGAGAGACUGGGCUCAGAUGACAUUCCAUCUCCUACUGAAGACUGCUCUCCAGACUAUCAGGCCCCUAGACCCACAACCCAAUCACAACAGCCAAUCAGAAUCAGAAACAUUGCAGAGGAACUGGACCCAACUUUCAAGGCCAGUAGACAAGGCAAGGAGGGCACCAGAGCAGGACCGACAAUCUCUGGCACAUCCUCCUGCCAGUCUCAUCCCACUCCUCACUCCGGCUUACAUGAUUUUAUGGAGGAGCCAACGUUCAUCCCGCCCACCAAGAGGCAAAGCGACAAAUCUGUACGUGCCAAAUCCAAAGAGAAGGAGAACUGUAAGCAGCAGUGAUGUCAGUCUGAGACCAUGGGCCCGGGAGUAUAACCACACACCCCUCACUUUACCUGACUGCAAGAGGAUUUAAAGAAUUAUAUUUAGUUAUCCCAACUAGCACUUUAACCAGAUAAAAAAUGUAAAAAAAAAUGUUUUUGUUUUUGUUAAAAGGACUGGUCCAGAUACUUUAUUUUCACCCUUAAGUAGUGAGUGCAUACAUUUUUGUACUUUUUCUUACUGGGUUCAUAUAACUCAAUAAUAUUCAAAGGGAAGAAUUAUACACUGAACAAAAAUAUAAACGCAACGUGAAGUGUUGGUUUCAUGAGCUGAAAUAAAAGAUCCCAGAAAUGUUC